GAACGAUACACCAAACCUGACUGGGUCAUUAAUUUCUGCAGAUCCUUUCGGGAGAGGUUGGUCUAUAGCUUCUUCAAACACUAAACGGAAAGAUCACAUACAUCUGUUCCGGCCACUGCAGGAGCGCGAGAUCCGAAGCCACGAGGGGUAUAAAACAGGAAAGACACUCAAGUGCUAGGGAAAAGGCACAAUCAAUCAUUUUCUCUCCUACAACCCGGACAAAGCAGCACAACACGUAAAAGAACUGUCAACGAGACUACUUUAUCUCUCCACAACACUCCCUGACACUGUCGAAAAGCAUGUCUCAUGGCGAUAGUAAUCAUCACGUCAGACGCCAACGGAGGGCCGCAGGACAACAACGUCGAGUUCACAACGGCCACUAUUCGUCUACCCACGCUGGGACGAGCGAUGCAAACGAGGCUCGUAGGCGUCAUCAUGCUCCUCAGACAAGCCAACUGGGUAUCGCAGGAGAUCGCCAGUCAGCAAAUGCAACGGCCAUGGCUGUAGAUCCCGCAUGUCUACCUCAGACCUUCUCCAGCCUGCAUAUCUCAACCAGCAGCAUGCAAGGACAACAAGCCAGCUACCCAGGAAUCACGACACAGUAUCAGUAUACCGCAGCGAAUCAGAACUUCGAACAACCUUCUGUGGUUGCUGCUCAUGCGUAUAAUCGAGUUUCUACAGAUGCUGAAGAAUAUGCUGCGAAUGGAGACUCGCUUGCAUCAGUCAACUACAACUGGCAGGAAACCGAAUACCCUAGAUAUGAUGAGCAAAACCAAGGAUACGGGGAUCAAGUACACCACCCUAUCAGUGUGUGGGCCAACACUCCGAGAGAGAACGAAGCGUGGACACCGGAGGGAGUCUGGCAAGUACCGCAAGUCAUGGUGCAGGCAGCUACUCGAAGACAGGUCAAUGACGGCGGUGACGCGUGGAGCGACACUAGUACGAAUGGUGACAUCACACCGAAUGGACACUGUAUAUGAAAAUAAUACGGAC